AUGAGUUCCUCCUUGGCCCUGCUCCUCUUCCUCGCAGCAGCCACCGUCCCUAUCCUCGCCGUCAACGCAAGCGUGCUCCCGGCGGCCGCCUCCGCGAACGACACGCUGCAGCGCGGCAUCGUCGCCACCAACCAGAUCGCGCACAACGUGACGUCCACGCUGCACAUCAUCUCGGACCUGGUGCGUGACCUCAACACCUGCACCGGGUACUACACGACCAUGGCCAGGACGGUGGCCGCCGCGCUCGGCGACCUUCACGCCGGACGCGUCGUCAACGCGACGGACAAGCUGAGCGACGCCCUUGGUCCGCCUAGUGACUGCGACAUUGUGCUGAGCGGCGUGGGCGUGAUCGGGAAGGUCGCUCGCGAUCCCAUUCGGCAGGAGAACGACGAGAACGAACGGCUUGUCCAGUUAGCCAUCAACAUCUUGAACCCGCCGAGAAGCUAG